AUGCCACCAAAAAAAGUGGAUAAGGGUGGUGCUGGGUCAUCCAAGGCUGCAGUGGAUAAAACGUUCGGAAUGAAGAACAAAAAAGGAGGAAAAGGUCAAGCAGCAAUCGCACUUGCCAAACAACAAGCUUCUCAAGUAGGUAAAAGUAAAGAAGUUAUGGCUAAAGAGAAAGCUAGAAUGGAUAAAGAAAGGGAAAAAGAACAAGAGAGGAAACGAAAGGAAGAAUUACAAGCACUUUUCCAACCGGUUCAAGUCCCGUUCGGUACAGAUCCUAAAACUGUCCUUUGUCAAAACUUCAAAGCUGGACAUUGUGAAAAAGGGAACAAGUGUAAAUUCAGUCACGAUUUGGAUAUCGGUAGGAAAACUACAAAGAAAGAUCUUUACACAGACGGACGUGACACAAACCGAGACUUGAACAAAGAGACAGACACUAUGGACACAUGGGAUGACGCGAAAUUAUUAAGUGUUGUAUUAUCAAAGCAGGGUAAUCCCAAGACAACAACAGAUAUUGUGUGCAAAAAUUUUAUCGAAGCGAUCGAAAGUGGAAAGUACGGAUGGUUUUGGGAAUGCCCAUCAGGAGGUGUGAAUUGCAAGUAUAGACAUGCUCUUCCACCUGGUUUCGUGUUAAAAGCACAAAGGAAAAAAGAUCAAGAAGAGGCUAAAAAGAAUGAAUUAAGUUUAGAAGAUUUUCUUGAAAAAGAACGACAUACGUUAGGUAAAAGUUUAACACCUGUCACCAAGGAAACCUUUGCCAAAUGGAAAGAUGAAAGAUUAUCAAAGAAGAUGGUGGAAGAAGAAGGCAAGAGGAAAUUGAAAGAACAACAGGCUGCAGCUGGACGAAUGAAUGGAAUGAGUGGAAGAGAUCUCUUUACGUUUGUUAUGGUCGAAUUUUGCCUCUUUGAUCUUUUCAACACUCUACUGACUCGUUUUUGGUUAUGUGUUCUCUAG